GAGACACUGGGGCAGCUGGGCGGAUAUAAUGACUGCAGCCACACAAAUAGAAAGACAGCCAAUCCUAGUCACAGCUACUGCUGCUCAUACACUCACACAUACACACACACUGCCUGCCGGGGAUCAGUUCCAUAAAGAUGGGCCUGGGUCGACAUAAACUCAUUGUAUUGGUCUUGGGUCUGUCCAUUACAGUCCUGCUCUAUCUUCUUCUCCCCUCUGGGCAGCCUGAAGAAGGGGACCGCAAGGCGGAGGUCCCCCGGUCAGACCCUCAAAGCAACAUGAACAUCACAGUGCGCACUGCUACCUUGACAGGGGACUGGCCCACGUUUUACAGAGAGGCAAUACCCCGCAAUGCACUGGAAGGGGCAGAGAGGUGAGAGGUGGCAGGAGGAAGCAGGGUGCAUGAGAUGGAGGUAAUAGAGUGUGCAGGAGGGGGAGAAUAUACAGGAAGGAGGGUAUAAUGGACAGGUGUAAGGGGGGAUGUUAGGUAGAGGAAUAUAAUGUGGGGAAUGAAGAUAGAAUGUUCAGGUAUAAGGGAUGGAAUGUUUAGAGGUAGAAUUAACAGACAUAUGGGGGAAUAAAUAGAAUGUAUGUGAGGGGAUGUACAAAAUGUGCAGUGAUAAUGUAUAAAAUCACCCUUUAUAUGCAUAGGGGUAGUAUUAAAGGCCUUUCUGCAGAAUAGGUCGUUUGUAUGGGAAUGGGAUGGAUAUGUACAGUGUGUAGGAGUAUGUAUAGGAAUAGAAGGAGAAUUCACAGGCCUAUGCAGUGAAUAGGCAGAAUGUAAGUGAUUGAGGGGAAGAAUAAUGGAUAACAAAUUUUAAGUUCUACUGAGCAGGACCUUCUUCAUCUCUGUUAUCAAGCAGUAAUUAUGCAUCAAUUGCAUAUUAUUAAAUGUCGCCAUUGUAUAUUCAGGGCACAACAUUUUCACUUACUAGCCACUGGCAAGAGAAAAUUCAGUCCUGGCGAGUAAAAAUUUACCUUGAUGAGUGUGCCAUGGAGCCGCCAGGCAGUGGCAAAUAUCUUUUAUACCUGCCUAGUAGAGUAGGGCUUAAAACUUUCAAGCCUGGUAGAAUUGUAUAUAAUUGCAGAAAAUGUUGGCAGUGUGGAUAAUUAUUUAUUUGUAUAGGAGGGAGUGUUCCAUUAUAAGGAUUAGAGAAAUACAAAGGUCUAUGAGAAGAAUAGGUAGACUGUUCGUAAGGGAGACUGUACAAGUAGAAUGAAUAAAAGGAAUAGGAAAACGUCAUUUAUUUAGUUAUAAAACAUUUUACCAGGAAGGAUACAUUGAGAUUUCUCCCAUUUUCAAGUAUGUCCUGGGUCCACAAACACUGUAUUGUUACAAUAGGGCACAAUGUAAUAUUACAAAAAAUAAUACAAUAUAUAUACAUACACAUAUAUAAAUGUAACAUAUAACAGGUAAUAAAUAUAGUCGACCAUGACAGGUGCAUUCUGUAUUGAUAUAUUUUGCCAUAGAUCUCUUUUUUUAGAUUUGUGGUUAUUAUAUGAGAAUGUAUGGGAAAAGUGAUAGUGUACAGGUGUUUGGCAGAAUAUGUAGAAUGUACAAGGACAGAAUGUAUAGGAAGGAGUAUGCAGUGUGUAGGACUAGAGGGAGAAUCAGAGUUCUAUAGGGAGAAUAUGUAGGAUGCACUGCCGGAACUAACACGGUCGCAGGGGCCCGCCACUACAGGUGUAACCGUCGGGGCCGUGCGUUCAAGGGGCCCAUCAGGUGGCCAAUGCUGUUUGGGCCAUCUGAUGGCAAUGAAUAUCCAGGGGGCUGCGAGGCUUAAACUGCGCGACCGGGCCCCCUGUGAUGACGUCAAGCGCUGGAAGGAAGUGACAGCCCUGGCCACUCCUCCCAGCUAUCAGAGAGAGCCACGUGGGAGGAAGGAGAGGGAUUCAGAGUGGGGACUCUGACUCCCAUCAGCCUGAGCCAGUGGACCCCAGGGAAAGUCACCCUCCUGCACUUAAAAGGUAGGAAAGAGGAGAGUGACAAACAUUUUGCGUGUGUGUGUUAGUGUAUGUGUGUAUAUAUAUAUAUAUAUAUAUAUAUAUAUAUAUAUAUAUAUAUAUAUGUGUGUGUAUGUGUGUCUGCAUGUAUAUGGGGUGGGGAGUAGGCGUGUUGGGGUGGCAGACCUAUGGGGGGCUCAGGGCAAUUUUCGCACUGGGGUCCCGUGGUUUAUAGUUAUGCCUCUGGUAGGAUGUUUGGGAGGACGUGUUUAGAAUGCACAAGUAGAAGGGGUAGAAUAUUUAGGAGAGAUACUAUAAUGUAUUGGAAUAGACAUAUGGUAAGAAUAGAUAUACUGUAUGAGAUAGAGAGAGGGUAUGCAAUGUACAAGUAUAAAGGACAGGAUGUAUAGGGGGAGUGUGCAGGAACAAAGGGGGAAUGCACAGUGGCAGGUUUAUCGGACAAUGUAGGAAAGAAAGUAAAAAAUGUAUACAUGGGUAGGAAGUUGUCUAAAUAAGGUUAAUGUGUAUGCUUAUAGAAUAUAUGCUGUAUAUGAUGGGGGGCGGAGCUAGCGUCUGACUGGAGCGGACGUGUUUCAUGGGAGCUCCGUAGAAGAACUUAGGAAAUUGUGCACAUACCCUGGAAAUCCCUGCAAUUUUGGUGUUCCAAAUGCUACCCAAGCAGACUGUGAAGAAUGGGGCGAAAAAUCGAAGCAAUUGAGAGCCGAUGCACACCAUAAAAGCCAUCACAUAGAUGACUUACUCCAACAACCACCUAGGCAUUGCGCCUCCAAAAUGGCGCCACCACAUGAGCCUUCCUCUGAAUACUCGGGAAGCAGCUCCAUAGAAGACCCUGAUGAAGCACAUACCUUGGACAAUUUCAGGUAUGACAUGUUCGGGGCUGGGUCUGACUGCCCUGUCUCAAGGCGCGAUGGCCCCCCGAUGUCGCUGAAGAGAUCGGAGUGGGAGACACCUGCAAGGGUUCCACAGACAGCGCAGAGGACCCUGACCAAGCAGGCCCCAGCUGAGCACUCACCUCUGGGACCAGCAUCGAUGACCCCACGUGUGGAUGACCAUCACAUACCAGCAAGCAAAGCAGAUAUCAAGGCCCUGCUGGUUGAGAUGAAGGACAUGUUCGACACAAUAGAGGGACGAAUACGGGUAGUGGAAGAGGACUCCGAUGCAAACAAGGGCCAAUAUCAUGGCCUAGCUGAAGAGAUGGCUUGUAUGCGACAAAACCAGCACCAGUUUGAAUCGAAAUUGGCACUGCUGGAGGAUAGUCAAAGGCGGCGGAAUCUGCGGAUCAGCAGUAUCCCAGAAUCCGUUCCCCUGCCAGAGAUCCCACACUUACUGCGAAGGCUAUGGGCCUCCAUGCUACCAUCAGCUAAAGCAAAAAUACUAGUGACUGACACGCAUUUUAGAGUGACCAAAUCACCCAAGGCCCCGCUACAGUCCCUCGAGACCUGAUGGUGAGGUUCAGAUCAGAAGCUGACAGUGACGCAAUUCUGACCGAGGCACAGAAGACCCCACACUACGAUUUUGAAAUCUAUACCAUCUCAUUUUAUGGAGACUCCUCCCUUUCCAGUUUUUUAUAUGUUAUUAUAUUAGUGCUUUAGUGAUCACUAGAAAGCAUUUCAGUGGCACAACCACACUGAAACAAUGCCUAAUAUAGGCAUACAGUGCCUGAGUACCCCCACAUAGCCGAAAUCAUUCAAGUUCUAUAUCCUCAUAGUUGAGGAGCCACGCUUCAUUAGCAGCCAUGUAAUUGUGUUCCCCGUACUUCACUCUUAGUAUGCCUGCAACUUACCUGCCUGCCAUUUAUCUGUCACAGAUUGACAGAACAGAUUCCAUCAUAUGGCUAAGUUAUGAACCUGCAGACCACUUUUAUUUGCUCAUUAAUGUUCUCUCAACAUGUUAAUGCGUGAACACUAUGCAAAGCUCAUUUCUUUUUCCAUUUGUCUAAAAAUGCCUCCUUUCACGUGGUGUAUUUUCUUCUAUACGACCUGAUAUCUCGUUGUAUUGUGAUGACUCAUACUAUUGUUGCUUAUCCACAUGUGAGUGGAGUAAUAAAUAAUUUAAAAAAAACAACUAACCAGAUCUAUGGAAAUACUGUAAAGGCGGUGGGAUGCAUUGCCCAAUGAAGGUACAUAUGUAAAAGGUGAAAGAUAAAAUGAGCAAUAACUAUGUGGAGAGAGUUGGUGAUGGAAUGGGAUUAUGGAAAAUUUCCAUAUGUUUUGUAUAAAGGAGAAAUAGAUUUAAAAAAAUAUGCUGAUUCGGAGAUAAUUGAGAUUUUUCUUCAGGGUUUGUAAGAUUCCAUUUGAUAAUUGGAAAACAGCACAGUUUUUUUAAACUUAAAAAUUAGAAACCAUCACUACAGUAGCCUUAAGCUGUACCCCCACUACUUGUCCAUUCCCCGUAAAUUAAAAAAACAAAAGGGAUUAAUCUAACCUCAAAUCCAGGUCAGGGCAAUACAAGUUGGAAAAAGCAGGAAGAAUAGAUACAAUUGAAGAUGGUUGAUCAUAUGUAAGUUUGGGUGUAUAAAUUAUAGAAUGUGUCUAAAUGGGGGAUCACAAGCAACUUCACGCGUAAUUAUUUGGUUCAUCUGUGUAAUAACAGUUGCUCAAUUCACCCUUUCUGAUAUUUACACUGUCGAGAUGCUGAGGGCCACUCAUUCUUUUGUUACCUUAUUAUGUUUUUCAGGUUUUCAGUUCUGCUGUUACAUGGGCAAAUUUUCUCGUCAAAGACAUGGGAAGAUCUGGGAACUCUAAACAUCCUGGCAGAGCAUGGGUACCGAGCAGUGGCUAUUGAUUUACCAGGUAGAAAGCUAUCAGUUUGCCACAACUUGAUCCUAUACCUUUUGCCCCAUGACCAAGCACAACCCAACAAGAACCAAACCCUUUGCCUUGUACAACUGAGCUACUGCAUGUACAGAGAUCACAUAUGCAGGCCUCCGUUUAUUAUUUCCAUAUCUCUUCCUCGCAGGUUAUGGAGAGUCUUUACGCGCCCAGCCAAUGUCCACUGAGAAGGGUCGAACAGAUUACCUUUUACAGGUCAUGGAAUCUUUGGGAACUCGGCAACCAGUCCUUAUCAGCCCGUCGAUGAGUGGUCUAUUCUCUUUACCCCUCCUCUUGCAGCACCCUGAUCGUCUAAGAGGCUUUGUUCCUAUUGCUCCUGUAGGAACCAAGAGCUUCAAACCUGAGCAGUACAAACAGAUACAGGUAUGUGGUAUUGUUAACAUUAGAUGCAAGGGAUCAUUGAGAAUUCAUAUGUGAAACAUCACUUGCAAAUACAUAAUACUGACCUUUAGAUUGGCCUAGCAUUGUAGGAAAUGUAAUUCUCAAACAACGGGCCUGCUAAGGUUGGCAUUCACUGCCUUAGAAAUUUAGGAAGACCCAAAUGUGGUUAAGAUGUUUCAUUCCAUUAUUUACAUAAUCUGUUCAUUUUAUUGUCAAGACGAUAUGAGUUAUUCCACUGUGCGAUGACUAACUUGAGUCUUAAAAAUGACAGUAUGAUGUGUAUGUGACACACAGGUGCCCUCCCUCAUUGUGUACGGUACUCUGGAUACCAACCUGGGCAGCCAGUCCUUGGAGAGCCUACAGCUGUUGCCAAAUCAUACCUUGAGCCCACUGGAAGGUGGAGGUCAUGCCUGUUACUUGGACCGUCCGGAAGAGUUUCAUGCAGCUUUAUUAAUGUUCCUGAGCAAGCUUUCAUAACGAACACGUCUUCAAUUGUUGCAGCAAGACGUGGAGGGAAAUCAGCCACACGAAGGUCUAUCCAGUGGCAUCAUGGUGGAAUAAUGGAUAUCUCUGCAACUUGUAGAAUUUGAGCCUCAUGUGACCAAAAGAAAGAUGGCUUCUCACAUAGUUCUGCAUCAAAUGAUGCCUGAGACUCUACCUUUUACCUGUUAUAUAGGGAGCUAUGGUCUAUUAAAUUAUUGCAUGAUAGGGUUUCAUUGUACAUUUUGGGACAAUGUGGGAGUAUAUGAGAUAACAUUGGGACAGGGGAUCAAAAAGAGACUUUUUUUAAAGGUGAUGAAAAAGCUUAAAAUAAAACUAUGACUUGGUAGUAAACACACUCUCUAAUGUUUCACUGGUUUGUAAAUAUACAUAAUGUAGAAUGUGGGCUUAUGGGAAUCUGAUGUUCCCAUCCAUCAUGCUUUGCUGGAUACAUAUCGCUUAUUAAUGCAGGACGUAAAAAGUAUUGUUCUGCAAUAUGUAAGAUUUCUACACAGCAGGAGGAAAAUCAAUCAACCAAGAAAUUACACCAAAUUGGUUUUCUUCUGGCACUAGUGGAUUUCCACAUAUUGCAGGAAAGCACUAUUCAUGUCCUGCUUAACCGAACAAGUUUAAAAAAAUAAAUAAAAUGUUUCCAGGAAAACAUGGCGGAUCUGGUUACGCUAUUUAUGGUUGUAUGUUGUACUUUUACAUGGGUGGUGAAUUCAGAGGAAAACUAAAGAUUGUAUUGAAAAAGGUGCCGUAUUCUUACAUUCUUUAUUUUUCCAACUAGGCUAGUUAUGUAGGCUCUUUCUCAUGAAAUCCAGAUCAAUCCAGGUCUGUUGAUUUACUUGCAAAGAUAGCCAGACCAGCAGUGCUCUACUGAUUGUUCAGGACUUGCAGUGCAAUGCUUUCUGUUAUCCUUUUACUAGAUCGAUUUGUGGAAUAUGUUUGUGAUAAAUGUAAUUUUUUGCUAGACACCCAGUCCUUUUACAUGCAGUCACACAUUACAUAUAACUAUGGGUUUAGGAGGUGGGGAUGGGCUAUACGUCCCCCAUAGAUAAUCUUGUGGGGUAGUAGGGGUGAGAUGGAUCAGUUUUCCCCCAGAAAUAUUCUGGUUAAGAGUCUUUUUCUGGGGUAUAAUUUUGGCCGUACAUAUAACAUUCACUUUGAAUUCCCAACAGUACUCACUCAUGUCUUAUGUACUUGAAAUAUUCUGGUUAAGAGUCUUUUUCUGGGGUAUAAUUUUGGCCGUACAUAUAACAUUCACUUUGAAUUCCCAACAGUACUCACUCAUGCUUAUGUACUUGGUAAAUAUGGCUGAGCUUUCACCCCAAUUUACAUUCACCAGCAAAGUCACACUGAUUGCAAAGUAAAGGCUUCCAUCAACGAUUUCUAUACUGUUCAUGCAGCAUAGUAAAAAAGGAAAACAGAGCAUAUCAAUAGAGCGUUUGACAGGGACUUAAAAACACACAAUCAAAAUAUAUAGAAUUAUUCACUAAAGUGAGAACUGUUCGUAAUUCAAACUGAAUUUCGAUUGUAAGAUCAAAGUAAUUAAACUGGAAGCAAGGCUCUCAGGGAGGGUUUUUUUUACAGUUUGGCUUUUUUUUACAUUAAUUUUGAAAUUCCCUUUGAAUAACCCUGAUAGACAGCUGCCUGGUCCUGGGAUAAGUUAUUAGUCCUGCAUGCGUAGAAUUCAGAUUAAUCAUUCUGACGUAAAGGGACACUCCACUGCCCAUAUACAAAAUAAAUACAAAUCAUUGUCUAGUAAAUAUACCCCAAGUGAAAACUUGCAUGCAAAUAAUUAUGCAUUUUUUUUGACUGGGGGUAUAUCUAUCUAAAAAUAGCUUCCACCGCAGACCCCUUGUCUGCAGCCUUUGCAAGCACUCCCCUUCUAACCCUGCCCAGACUUUCUGUAGCUGUCCAAUCACAGACUUCCUCAUACAGCUCAAUGAAACGUUUUUGCAAGACUCUGGGCAAGUGCUACCUCUUGAGUUUAGCUCGAUUUGAGCUAACCAAACAAGGAAGCAACAGAACCUGUUGUCUGCUUGAAAGGCCAGGGGAUUGUAUAAGUAUAAGUUAUAAAAAUGUCAAUUCUUUACUUUUUUAAAAAAAUUAAAAAAGAGGACUCAAAGCGUUUCAGCAAGCUAAAGUACUUCAAGGAUCUGGAGAGUCCCUUUAAGACUGUUAAUAUGAGGGUAUAGUGAAAAUGCUUAAUUCUCCUAGCAAUAGCAAAGUAGUAUUUGUCAAAAUGUAUUUACUUAUUAAAGAGGCGAUGGUACAAUU